CAGAGAGCUCCCGGUGAAGCAGGACUCCGCCAUCUUCAUAGAGAAAAGAAAGGUGGAAAAGCCAGCAGGUCUUGAUUUAUUUGGCAGAAGGGCGGCAGUCAAUGUCACCAGUCUCCACAGAGCCGAGCAAGGGGAGCGUUUGCAAGGAGUUGGACUGACUGAAAAAGUAGCUGACAUUGCACGCAAAAGGCGAGUUCUAGUGUCCUGGGAGAAGUGACCAUCGCUUGCUGAACCCAAAUACUGUGAAGAAAUUGGGAUUUAAAUUUUUAUUUGAUCAUCAGCCCAUUAUUUCUUUUUCAUCCUUGUGGAGAAAUUGCAGAGCCGCUGAUGAGCAACAUAGUUGACUGGACGGAAAGAGGUAUUGAACAAACCUAAACUGUCAGAACGCAGUGGGCAUCAUAUUUGACAUUUGACAAGGUACACCGACAUUUUUUGCUGGUGUGUUCACAACUUUCAGUCCCGGGCGUGAAACAUCAAGGAUAUUUUUUUCGCCUUUUCGUCCUCGGACAGAUUGCGUUUAUCACACACCUUAACCAAAUGUGUUAGUCACAGAAUCCCUUACAGCGAAGACAGCGCGAGCGCGCGUGUGAGUGUGUGUGUGUGUUUGUGGACACGCGCGGUCGUAUAGGGCGCAAAAGUGGACAGUGGGGACGAAGCGCAAAGACUCUUCAGUUCUUCUGACCAAAGGACUCCUAGAUCCGUCCGUCUGGCGGUCCAACGCGCAAGCAGUGCCAGUUUCGUGGGGGUCCCGGGAAAAGUUAGCGAAAGGAAACGAGGACCACGCAAAGGAGAGGAGGCAGCCGAUCAAUCCUUGUGCAGGUCACCGGGCGAUGCCAGUGUAAAUGCCAGGGCAAUGUCCCGUCGCAAGCAGGGAAACCCACAGCACUUGUCACAAAGAGAAAUAACACCGGAAGCUGACCAUGUGGAAGCCGUGUUGGACCGUGCCCGAGAUGCCUCCCAACUCUCACCCGCACCCCCACCCCCACCCGCACUCUCACCCGCACCCUCACAGCCACCCGCUGCAGCACGCGCACCCCUCACCCGCUCCCUCUGCCGCUGCCGCACGCCCUCCAUCAUGCCAUGCUGGACCCCGCGGUGUGCGGCCCCUCUGCCCGCGAGCCUGGGCGACCACGACCUGCUCACCUGCGGCCAGUGCCAAAUGACCUUCUCUCUAGGGGACAUCCUGCUCUUCAUCGAGCACAAGAAGAAGCAGUGCCAGAGCCUGAUGGGCAACCAUGGCUGCUACGACAAAAUGGCUGACCGCGGCGGUGGCGGUCGAAGAGGCGGAGGAGGAGGAGGAGGAGGAGGAGGGGGUGGAGGAGGUUGCGGCAGUAGCCCCUCGCCGCUGCACCAACGCCCCGAGCUGCGUAAGGUGGUGGAACCGGUGGAGAUCGGAAUCCAGGUGACUCCCGAGGAGGAGGACGACAGACUGCUGACGCCCCCGAAAGGAAUUUGCCCCAAGCAGGAGAGCGUCCAACCAGGUAGAGAUGAACCUGCAAGCUACAUCUGCACGACCUGCAAACAGCAUUUCAGCAGUGCCUGGUUCCUCCUCCAACAUGCUCAGAACACCCACGGCAUCCGCAUCUACCUUGAGGCCAACAGCAACAACGUGACCUUGACCCCCCAAAUCACCCUCCGUCCACCCAUGGGUGCCGAGUCCAUACCCCAAUCUCCUCUCACCAAUUUUUUAGGCGACAACAACCCCUUCCACCUGCUGCGCAUGACGGGCCCUCUGCUUCGAGAACCGCCUCCCGGCUUUGUGGAGAACCGGCUCCCCGGCACACCGCCCUUCGUCAGCCCUCCCCCACGCCACCACCUGGACCCGCAUCGCUUGGAACGCCUUAGCGCCGAGGAAAUGGGCUUAAUCUCCCAGCACCCCAGUGCCUUCGAGAGAGUGAUGCGCCUCAACCCCAUGGCCAUCGAGUCCCAGUCCAUGGACUUCUCGCGCCGGCUCCGCGAGCUCGCGGGCAACAACACCACCACCGUCGCCGCUGGCACGCCACCACUCUCGCCCAGCCGCGCCAACCCUAUGCACCGCCUGCUCAACGCCAACCCCUUCCAGGCCAGCCCCAAGUCGCCCUUUCUGAGCACGCCUCCGCUGCCGCCCAUGCCGCCAAACAGCACGACGCCGCCCCAGACGCAGGCCAAGAGCAAGUCGUGCGAGUUCUGCGGCAAAACGUUCAAGUUCCAGAGCAACCUGAUCGUGCACCGGAGGAGCCACACGGGCGAGAAACCGUACAAGUGCCAGCUGUGCGACCACGCCUGCUCGCAGGCCAGCAAGCUCAAGCGGCACAUGAAGACGCACAUGCACAAGUCCGGCUCCAUGACCGGCCGCUCGGACGACGGGCUGUCGGCCACCAGCUCGCCGGAGCCCGGCACGAGCGACGUCACGGGCGAGGGCAUGAAGAACAGGGACGGCGACUUCAGCGGCGAGGGCUGCGAGAACGAGGAGGAGGAGGAGGAGGAGGAGGAGGAGGAGCUGGAGAAUGAGAGCAGGCCCGAGUCCAACUUCAGCAUGGACUCGGAGUUCUGCCGCAAUCGCGAGAACGGCUCCAAGCCGCCCUCGGAAGAGAAGGACAUGUCCCUGGGCAAGAUGGUGGAGACCUCUGGACUGAACUCCAUCCAGCAGUACAAUAACUUGAUAGUCGACAAUCGCAAAAGGCUUCCUUUCUCCAAACGGUGCUCCGACGGUCAGCGCGACACCGGAGAUCAUGACUCAGUGGGGGGCGAGAUGGACCACGUGGAGCGGGCGACGGUCAACGGCCGAAACUGUGGCUCCAGCGACUCCUUCUCAGGCCUGUUCCCCCGCAAGCCCACGCCCAUCACCAGUCCGAGUCUCUCCAACUCCUCCAAGAGGAUCAAGAUCGAGAAGGACCUGGACAUUCCCCCCGCGCCUCUCAUCCCCUCCGAGAACGUCUACUCCCAGUGGCUGGUGGGCUACGCGGCGUCGCGGCACUUCCUCAAAGACCCCUUCCUGGGCUUCACCGACUCCAGACAAUCUCCCUUCGCCACCUCGUCCGAGCACUCGUCGGAGAACGGCAGCCUGCGCUUCUCCACGCCGCCCGGCGACCUGCUGGACGGGGGCCUCUCGGGACGCAGCGGCACGGCCAGCGGCGGCAGCACUCCGCACCUCGGCGGGCCCGGCGGACACGGCCGGCCCGGCUCCAAGGAGAGCCGCCGGAGCGACACCUGCGAGUACUGCGGCAAGGUGUUCAAGAACUGCAGCAACCUGACGGUGCACCGGCGAAGCCACACCGGCGAGCGGCCCUACAAGUGUGAGCUGUGCAACUACGCCUGCGCCCAGAGCAGCAAGCUCACACGCCACAUGAAGACCCACGGCCAGCUCGGUAAGGAAGUCUACCGCUGUGACAUUUGCCAAAUGCCCUUCAGCGUCUAUAGCACCCUGGAGAAACACAUGAAAAAGUGGCACGGGGAACACUUGAUGACCAAUGAGGUGAAAAUUGAACAAGCUGAGAGAAGCUAAGCUAGGCUUUUCCUAUUUAGCCUCUUGAAUAACAAACAAACAAACAAACAAACAAACACAAACAAAUGGGGUAGAUGGGUUCACUUGAUUCACAAUGAUUCUAGUUUAUCUUAUGUUUUGCCUAAGAAACUGCCAUCUGAGAAAAGAAAAAAAAGUAGGAAGUUCAACUAUGUCGGUGUAAACUGCCUAAAUUGGCUUUUUGAUUUUUACAAUCUAUCAGCGGAUGACUUAAAUAUACGUGGAGCCUUUAACUGUGCAAUAAUUUCUGUAUUUAUUGGAGUUUGUAAUGUUCUGGCAUGUGCAGGUACGUUUUUUUUAUUUGAUCGUUAUUUCCUUUUUGUUCUAUUAUUUUAUGCUGGGAUUUUCUUUUUUAAAAACCCAGAGGACAUUCUGAGAUUUUCUUUUUCGCAGAGCAGAAUACCAUUUGAAUAAUUUUAAAGCCGCUGCUUUUACUGAAUUGUAUAUUUAAGUUACAUGUGUAAUUUCUUGAGGAGAAGCCGAAUUCAAUCUUCAUUUAAAAAAAGAAAAAUGAAAAAAGCUUAACCGAUCUUUUUAUAUAAAAAGCGUAGUUUUUGUUUAGCCGAGAUAGUAGAACAUGAGCGGACAACAAUCUUUUGCCAUAAUAGCAUGAAACAGAUUUUAAACAUGUCAAUCUAAUUGGGUAUGUAGCACUGAAUGUCAUUUCUGACAGUAAAUCUUAUGAGGAUUCUAGGUCUUUUAAAACCUGCUUCCCCCCGAGCUCAUAAAUCAAGGAGGAAGAGACCUUAAAAACAGAUGAUCACGAAGGCAGCUGCUUUGAGGUACCUAGUACCAUCCCAGUUAACGCUACUUACACAAACCUUUCUUCUUCUCUACGUCCCAUUAUUGGUAGCAUUCAAACUGUUUACACUGAAACAUGCUACAAAAAAAAAAAAAAAACACCCUCUGACAUCACAUAUACAUUAUUGAUCAAUGCAAGUACUGUAGCCGUUGUUUUGUGCAUUCUGCCGAAUCGCCCAUUUCUUGGGGAAACUGAAUGACAGUGCACAUGCUGAAACAUCUCAGGGGGUGAUGCGUGUCCAGGCUUCUCUCUCCGCCACAGUCGUCAGCUUGUUCUUACUCAGAAGACCAGUCCAGUGCAACGAGUUAGCAUCCUCGUUAGUCCAGUGCAGAAUUAAUCACCACAUCUUGUGUUAUUUUUGUCCUCAGCCACUUGCUUUUUUAUAUAUGUAUUUAUACAUAUAUAUUUAUAUACAUCAUGUAUACACGUGAAUGGUUGGAGAACACGUAUGUAGUGGGCAAAAUGGAUCAAAACUAUGCUGCACAGUGAGUAGUCUCACUCAAGCAGAACGAUCCAGUAUACCAACGUGACAUGGAUCUGAGUGUGAUCUGGCUCUGACCCGAUUUGAGUCUGGGCCAGUUCUGAUCCAGAACCUUCUAAAGUGCAUUCCUAGGUAGGUACGACAUGAUUCAACAACAAUAGCAGCAGGUCAUAACGGUAAACUUUGCAGCAGCAAAUCAAAACCUAUUCACUGAGGGGAAUGAUCUAGUAGACAUUGUCGCCUAUUCUUAUAAGUGCUUUUAUACUUUUUACAUCUUAUAUUUACGUUCCAUCUGAGAGUGCUUCAUGUGUUCAAAAAUGGCACUGUUGAUUUUAGAGUGGGCUGGGUAAAAGACAAUAUUAGCCAUAAUGAAUAUUACCACUUUAACCAGAUAAGAAGACAAAAAAAUACAAUUUAAACAUAAUUCAGAAUACAGCUCAAAACUUGUACGCAAUCUGCCGAUGUUUGUGAUAUCACUUGAAAUAGCCCUAUGCAUUUCUAAAUAUAUUUAUCGAUCAUUUUGAAAAUGAAUUUAUACUCUAUAGUGUAUCUUAUUACAAAGUUUACCAUUGUCUAAAAUGUUUAUAUUUCUGAUUUUAUCUGGUUAACUUGGUUAUUUACCCUGUAAAACAGUCAUUGGCAGAUGUGUAGAUUGCAGUAGUAGCCUACAUUGCACAGUAGUAACAGUGUGUGCAAAUUCCUGUUGAGCAUGUUCGUAAACAGUAAGACUAUUUUCUUUCUUUCUUUCUUCCUGUCUUUCUUUCUUUCUUUCCUCCCAUUCAGGGCUUCCUGUGAUGUGUAGUUGAACACACUCUAAGAAGUAGCCACAUUGUCGCGUAACGAACGCACUGCUGAUGUUUCUGAGCUUGUUAGAGAGAAAACACGCGCACAUGUAUUUUGGGUCUUCAGUUGGCACUGACGAUGCCUGAGCCACAAUUGUGUUACAUGCAGUCAUGAACCCCUCCUUCACGUAUACCACCACCAUCCCCAUACACACACACACACACACACACACACACACACACACACACAAACACACACACACAAACCUCCCUUGAGAGGGCCACGCCACCCAAAUUUGUAGGCCUGAAGGAAAAAGACAGAAAAACACUUUUUGAAAAAAACAUUUUUAACAACAUUUUAGCAGCCUGACCCGCACUUUAUGAUUUGUUUUAGACAUUUUUCUUUUCUUUAAAAAAAAAAAAGCAGAAAACGGCUUCUGAGCAAGAAAUUACGUUUAACGGAUUGACUAGGGCCUUGCAAAGGAGAGCAUCUGAGAUUCAAGUGCCAGCGUUGCUAGGCUAGGCUAUCACAAUGCUGGCACUAUAAAAAGUCAAAAUAAUUUAUUUGGACAGUUUUUAUACUGCCAUCCGAUUCGACAUGAGUGUGCCUUGAAUACUGAUCUUCCUAUUUAUUGUCUCUAAAGACAAAUGCAACACAUUUGUGAAUCAAGGAAUUAAAUGAAAAAAUGUAACAAUUGUACUGAAAUGUCCUUUCAAAAUAUAAAAUCUGAAAUCACAUGAAAAAUAAUUCAAGAAAUGAUUUUAACAUGAAAACGGUGGCCAGCACAAUAUUGAUGUGUCUGUGUGUGUAUAUAUGUAUGCAUAUGUACAUAUGAAGGCACAAACACAUGCACACACACACCCACCCACACACACACACACACACACACACACACACACACACACACACACACACACACACAUUCAUAUACAGAACAUUAUUCUCUUCAGGACAAGAAUGCGUCCCUUGAUUAAAAAAAAAAAAAACCUAAAAAAAAAAAACCUGGAGUGGCCUAGAACGCCACUCACAAGCAAGGAAGAGACUGGACGAAAAUCAGGAACAACAAAACAAAAUAUGAAAAAAAAGACAAAACAUGAAUUUAGUGCACUCAGUCUUAAAUACGUUUACAGUAUUGAAACAAGUACAAGGGUAAAAUGAUAUUUCUGUGUAUGUGUGUUUUAAACAAUUUUUUUUUUAGUUUACUUAUAAACUUUCUCUGAAUGCCAUAGUGGCUAUGUGUAUAUUGGUUUUUUGGUGACGGGGUUUUAGUAUAUAUAUAAAUAUAUAUAAAUAUAUAUAUUACAUUUUUCUUGUUUACUGUACAAGUAUACCAGUAUUUGUAAUAUUGGAGAAUGCCUGGGCAUUUUACAAGGAUAGAUUUUUUUCUUUUCUUUUUUUUUUUCAUUUUUUUCCAGUCCAAUUUAAAUUGUGGGUCUAUACAAUGUUAUGUCACUGUAAUUGUAAAUGUCUUGAUUUCUGGUAAAUUUUAUUCUGCCUUGGGUGUGAGAAAAUAAUAAUAAUAAAAAAGAAUGAAUAAAAAAAAAGAAUGCUUACCAGAGCUGAAUGGAGAUGGUGACGGGACCAGCUUUUCAAUGUAAGGAAGUUUUCCCAUGUAGAAUAUGUUUAAUAUGGAUUUGCUUUUCAACACACGUCCCUGAAACAUAUCUUUUAACUCCUGAAUCGUUUUUUUUAUUUUUUUUUACUUUUUUUUUUAUCUUGCUCCUCCUGAAAUGCUUCUACUUCCUGGCUCGAUUGAUACACAUGUAGGCACUCACUGUCCUUUUACUGGAGCUUUCCUCAUUUUUAUCUUGUAUAUGCAUCUCUUGUGAGAAAGGUCACCUUGGGGUAACCUUGGGGUAACCUUGGGGUAACUUUGAGUCAUGUUAGUAGAGGAAUGGGUCCAUUACUGAAUAUAAAGGUCAAGGGUCAAGCUACCACCAGAAGCUGCCACAGUAUAUUUUUGGUUUGGCAGGAUAAAAAUAUUGCAAAAAAAAAUCCUUUAGAAUUUGUAUUGCUAAAAUGGACGUUAUUGUACAGAAGGGAUUUUCAAAAGGCUGUCUAACAACCUUUUGAUGUAGCUACAUAUACAAACGUAAAUGUUUUGUUUAUUAUAUUGGUUGUAAAUAAUUUUUUUAUAACAACCCAGACUUUUAUUUCUUUUUCUUUUUAUUUGUGUGUGUUCUGAUGGGCACUGGCAGUAAUCUGUCAUCUUGGGGUCUUUGACCUUUCAACCUUUAGACAUUUUUAAAAUGACUUUUUUGUUGUCGUUGUUUUUACUUUGGGUGUAAGACCUCGUCCGUACUGGCACUUGUCAGCUGGUCUUUUAGCAUGAAAAGAAUAGAGCACAAUACAAGCUGUUGCAAUUGUCCAAUGAACUGAUCAUUUGUGUCCUUCAUUUUGGUUUGUUUUGAGAAGUAAAAACCUGAAACCUC